AUGCUUGUUCGUACGUCUUGCAGGGAGGCAUUGGCUGCCAAAGCCGCUGCAGAGUCUAUACCCACUUUCAACAUGGUGGACGACGUCAUCCGUGCUGUCGCUGAGUACCUGGGGCGAUCAUCACCAUGGCAUCAACGGUUCAUGGAGCUGCAGGAGGUUUUUACCUCCACCAACCUCGAGGUGCAGGGGAUCCACGAGGUGCGGUGGCUUUCAAGGGGUGCUGCGGUCGCCCGCUUCGUCGAGGUCCUCCCAGCCAUCAUGGUGAUGCUGUCAGAGUGGAAGGACCAGACGAUGUACGAGCUCGUCACGUCCUACCGGUUUCAGUUUCUGCUUCGGUUCCUCGCGGACGUUCUGGACCUCCUCAACAUCCUCUCGAAGGUUUUCCAGCAUCGUGAGCUCGACUACCCAUUGGUGCACACACAGAUUGUGCGCACAACAUCUCUACUGGAGAGUCGGUACAUCGACUGCGGAGAUGACUUUGGCGGCGGGCCUAACGAGCGCCUUCAUCGAUUCAUCGAGAAGCAUGGGCUGCAGGGGACACCAGAGAUGGUGGUGGAAGGCGCGUCGUCGGAUGGGAGUCUCAACCGCUUCAAGAUCACCCUUCACGAGCGCCGAGUGGCGAACUAUCUCGGGGCGGGCCAUCACGAUGCGUGUGUGGCGCUCUGCACUGACUUUGCCAAGGGCCUCGUCGAGGAGCUUCAGUCUAAGCUCGGAGACCUCGACUCUAUGUCUGGCGUGCGGCUAUUCAUACCUGACGAGUGGCCUCCGAAUUGGGAGAGGAGUGCACGGCAGGCACAGUGCCUUGAGUGGCUGUUGUCGCUAGUCACUCUGUUCCGCGCCGACGACUGCGAAGAGAUUUUGCCAGGAGCUGACUCUGUGCCCAGUCCUGGCCAGAGCCCCUAA